AUGGCUAACGGCAUCUUCUCGCUCCCCAAUGAAAUCCUUCUGACCGUGUUCGACCUCUGCUCCUCCCAGGAACUGCUACGGCUCACGCCAACAUGUCCUCAAUUCCACACAUUGAUCCUGCGCGUCAUGCACAAUCGCCUGCAAGUCGCCGCCGGCCUGGACGGGCAUGCCCUCUACUUCCGAUGCCACCACCCCUCCCUCGAUCGUCAAAGUCCGAAGAUGUUCUGCGCUGCUCUAAAGACCGACGGACUGGCGGAGCUGCAGACCGCCAUCUACGAUGACGAAAGCCACUUGGGCCAGGUGAAGAGCAUCUUCGGGCUAUACUCGCGCUUCCGCCCGCAGCUGCAGGAGCCUACCGUGCGCGUCGUUUACCGCCCAAUGACGGGCUCCCGGGUAUACACUGAUUUCAAUCGCAUCCCUGCGCCACGCCCUAUUGAUGAACGCGUGAGCGAUACCAUCACCGUCGAUGCGCACGAUCUGUUCUCCCAGUUAUCGACGGAGAUCCUGCUGGGCAAGCGGGAGCCAGAGCGCGGCAUCCUGGUGAGCAUGCACCCCGUCAGUAGUGGAGUGUUGCGGGUGUGGCGAGAGUGGCUGUCGAAGAACUGCGAGAGCAGGACUUGGACGGAUGGCGAGCCAGUGGCGGUGCAUCGCGAUGCUUCGAUUCGUCCAGCCGUAGCUCCCGCCUGUGUCAAAGCAACCCAAGACCCUUGUGCCCUGUGGCUGGCCGACCAGAACCUCGGCGUCAAGUUCAACAUCAAGGAGAAGAAGCUACGUCAGAAUGUGCACCUGUUGUCAAACGAGGUCGAGUCGGCUGUGAGCUACAGCAUUGAAUUUGAUGAGGUUCUGGUGCGAACAUCACAUCUUCUUUUACAACUCGAGCAAGCCCAGGAGAACAUCCACAGUGGGAGUGGAAAGGCGAUUGUGUUUGGUUCGUUCCGCGGAUGA